CGUGCGCGCGCGAGACACGCGGAUGAAAGCAAGGGAGUUUUAUUAAGAAACCCGAUAGGCCGGGUAAUUGGAGCCUUGGGGCCGUGCAGCAACGGCGAGGGCGGCGGGCCGCGAAAAGCAGAUUUUCCGCGCGAUGCGCCCGUGGAGGAGCAUUGGUCCGACUAGUGUGAUUCUUUUAUUCAAAAGAGUCGGCGCGAGCGGCGAGAGAGGCCAUGCUGGCGCUGGUGCACCUGCUCAGCCAAGUAUUUAAUUUCGCGCUAGGGGGUGGUGGGGGUGCGGAUGGUGGUGGUGCCCAUCACCAUCUUAACGGCGAAUCUAGCCACCAGGAGUGUCACUCGUCUCUCGACUCUGGACCAGAGCGGAGGUCUGAACCGAGCCACCCCCAAGAGCUGAAAGGAAUCUUCGCGAUGACCCUAGGCACUCAGCGAAGCAGUGUUGUCCAACAGUACGGCGGACAGGUCAGGGUGCUGACCCUGAACUACGGCGAGCACCUCGACUCGACGCUCUUCCGUCUCAAGAAAGGAUGGACCCUGCAGUUCCGUUUGGGCCCGUCUCUGUUGGGCAAAGACGUAAAAAUCUUUUGCAACCACCCUGAAACACCUGAGGGUGAGAUCUUUGACCGCCGCCGCUACCGAGGCCUGGCUUGGCGUCGGGACGGAGGCCCGGCCGACGACACAUCAUUCUACACUGAAAUCAAUAUUGUCCGCGCGGGCUCCUUCCAUUUUUACUUCACUUGCGACGAAAACAACUCGUAUGAUUUCGCAAUGAAUGACGGCUACUACACUGAGGGAUAUUAUUCCGAGGGCUACACUGGCAAGAACAAAAGACCUGAUGGGUCUGGCUUUUUCCUCGUCGAACCCGAUCUGUUCUACGGCAGGGGUGACGUGCUACCCUUGGACUGCGUGCAGUGCCAGACCGUCCUCGCCAAGUGCCUUGGCCCUUUCCACACCUGGGAGAAGAAACUGGCAGUCUCAAGGGAGAGUGGCUACAAUAUGAUUCAUUUCACCCCAAUUCAGGCCCUAGGCAUUUCCAACUCGUCGUACAGUCUGAAAGACCAGCUAAGGCUGAACCCAAUCUUCAGCGAACACGGGGAUCACAUCAGCAUCGAACAUAUUGAGAAACUGACCCACAAAAUGGCAACAGAGUGGAAGGUUUUGAGUAUUUGCGACGUUGUGCUGAACCACACGGCCAACGAAAGCGCUUGGAUCAAGGACCAUCCAGAAUGUACAUACAACAUGGACAACUCGCCGCACCUGCGUCCCGCUUUCCUGUUGGACGCCAUUUUGGCCCGCUUUGCGUUUGAGAUCUCGCAAGGAAAGUGGCAGCACUCAGGCGUGCCUAAGCUGAUCUGCAUAGAAGACCACUUGCAGGCGAUGCGCGGCACUCUUCUCGGCCAGCUGCUGCCGCAGGCCAAGCUGUGGGAGAUGUAUACGGUGGACAUCGAGUCCACUCUGUCCCAUUUCGCUCGAAUGGCCAGGGAAAGGGGCCCUCUGAAGCAGGGCCAUGGCGAGUUGACCAUCCAGCAGGACCCUCAGUUCCGCCGCAACCAUUCCAAAGUGGACAUGGAGCAGGCGCUGAGCCUCUUCAACAUUCAGAGGAAGGACUGCUACGACGAAGCACAUCGCGUCCAGCGCUGCACCGACGAUCUGCGCGAAUACCUUGAAACAUUGAACCGUCAAGUGACUGACACUCUGCAGAGUCACCUGGUUGCUGCCGUGGACAACUGCCUGGCAGGAAUUAGAUACUUCCGCGUGCAGACCGACGGGCCAAGGCUUAAGGAAAUCACUCCGAAGGAUCCCCUGAUUCCCAGGUACUUCACCUACACUGGUAAUACCGACACGCUGCUUGAUGACGUGGAGCGCAUCAUGUACGCCAACGGGGGCCGCUACAUCAUGGCUCACAACGGCUGGGUAAUGAACGCUGAUCCGCUCCGCAACUUUGCCGACGCCGACUCCAACGUCUACCUGAGGAGAGAACUGAUCGCCUGGGGAGACAGCGUCAAACUGAGAUACGGCGAAAAGCCGGAGGACUGCCCGUUCCUGUGGCAACACAUGCGAGAGUAUGUCGAGCAGACUGCAAGGACAUUCCACGGAAUCCGCCUCGACAACUGCCAUUCCACGCCAAUACCUGUCGCAGAGUACCUCUUGGAUGCUGCCAGGCGCAUCAGACCUGACCUCUACGUCGUCGCUGAACUGUUUACCAAUUCUGAUGAAAAGGACAACAUUUUCAUCAACCGCCUGGGCAUUACAUCUCUAAUCAGAGAGGCCAUGUCUGCUUGGGACUCGCACGAAGAGGGACGUCUGGUUUACCGCUACGGCGGCGAUCCAGUUGGUGCCUUCAUUCAGCCACCUACUCGUCCUCUUGUGCCUAGCAUCGCCCACGCCCUUUUCCUUGACGUCACGCACGACAAUCCAAGUCCAGUGCAGACCAGAAGCGUGUACGACCUGCUACCCAGCUCAGCCUUGGUCAACAUGGCUUGCUGCGGGAGCGGAAGCAACAGGGGCUACGACGAGCUUGUUCCUCAUGAUAUCCAUGUUGUGGAUGAAAUCCGCCACUACACAGAAUGGGCUGAGAACGUCAAUUCGAACGGAAGCCAGACCGUUGGCUUGCAAAGCGGCAUCAUUGCGGCCAAGCGGGCGCUGAAUAAACUGCACUUUGAGCUGGGAAUAUCCGGUUUCAACCAAGUGUUCGUUGACCAAGUUGACUCUGAUGUGGUGGCCGUGACCAGGCACUGCCCCGCCACCCACCAGUCAGUGGUGCUUGUUGCGUGCACUGCAUUUAAACAGCCAGAGCCUUUCUACAAGAGAACACACACACGGCCAUUGCGGGUCGAAGGCACCGUCGACGAGGUGAUUUUCGAAGCAAGCCUUUGCCACAGAGAUUCAAAAUCUGGUGGCGCGUGGUUUGUGCCUCCUCCUUCCAACUUCCGCAAAGAUGGACGCUUCAUCAACGGCUUGAGCGAUUACAAGCUGAAGCUGAGGGAACACUUCCCUCUGUCUCAGGCUGAGGCUGUCCACAAGGGUGAAAGUGGCGACCCGCAGGUCACGCAGAUCGACUUCACAGAGGACUUCCAGCCUGGCUGUGUGAUAGCAUUUAAGGUUUCUCUGCAUUACAACAUGACGCCAGCUAUCGCUCACCUUGGCCGGCUUGUCGAACGGUUCAACAUGCGUUCUGCCAAUGACAUGUCUACAGUGGAUCACGAUUUUGACAGAAUCGUGUCCAGGCUUAACCUUGCAGAUCUCAAUAGAGCUCUCUUCCACUGCGAAGAGGAGGAAAGAGACGAGGGCCAUGGCUUCGGAGCGUAUAAUAUUCCAGGAUUUGGAUCCACGGUUUACUGCGGCCUACAAGGUUUCAUUUCAUUGCUAAGUGAAGUUAGGCAAAAGAACGAUUUGGGCCAUCCUCUGUGUGGAAACUUGAGGGCUGGUAACUGGAUGAUAGACUACAUCAGUCAGAGGCUGAAGCUCGAUCCAGGCACUGAAGAGCUAGGCAGGUGGUUUGAGGAUAACCUUCGCCACCUGAAGGAAUUGCCGCGCUACCUGGUUCCCAGCUACUUCGAUGCUGUGUUGCAAGGGGUGUAUCAAGCACUCCUUCAGCGCGUAUGGAACUGCAUGUCAACAUUCAUUCAGCUUGGCUCGCAUUUCGUCAAGAGCCUCGGUCUUGGCUCCGUUCAGUGCGGUGGAAUAGUGAAAUCCGCACAGCUGCCGAAGCUGUCGCCAGCUUUGCCACCACCCUUGCCACCAACCAGGCUGGGACUAAACGGACAGUCUGAUCAAGUGUUCCUCACGCUCUCUGCAGGCUUGCCUCACUUCUCCACUGGCUACAUGCGUAACUGGGGACGAGACACUUUCAUUUCCCUUCGAGGUUUGUUCAUUCUCACUGGACGCUACCAAGAGGCUAGGUACCACAUCCUCGCCUACGCCGCUUGCCUCCGCCACGGUUUGAUUCCCAAUCUCUUGGAUGGAGGCAAAAACGCUCGGUUCAAUUGCAGAGACGCAGUUUGGUGGUGGCUCUAUUCGAUCCAGAGCUACGUCCAGGAAGUGCCAGACGGCUGGCGCAUUUUCCAGGACCCAGUGUCCCGUUUGUUCCCGAGGGACGACUCUCCUGCUCUUGAGCCUGGCUCACAUGACCAACCCCUUCAAGACAUCGUGCAGGAAGCACUGCGCGUGCACUUCCAAGGCCUCAAGUUCAGGGAACGCAACGCAGGAGCCAAGAUCGACGCACACAUGAACGACCAAGGAUUCAACAACGAGAUUGGCGUCGAUUGCGAAACAGGCUUCGUUUACGGAGGCAACGGCCAGAAUUGCGGCACUUGGAUGGACAAGAUGGGCUCAAGCGACAAGGCCGGCACCAAGGGCAGACCCGCAACACCUCGCGAUGGCAGCGCCGUCGAGCUCGUCGGUCUGUGCAAGGCUGCUCUCAAAUUCCUCAAUGGCUUGUACACCAUGGGCAGAUAUCCACAUAACUCUGUAGAGCGCAGAAACAAUGACGGAAGCUACACAACAUGGACGUUCCAGGAGUGGGAGGACAAGAUUGUGCACCACUUUGAACGCAAAUUCUGGAUCAACUGGACGCCCAUCCCUGAGAACGAGCCGCGACCCGAACUGAUCAACCGGCGCGGCAUCUACAAGGACUCGCACAAUGCGAGCCAAGCGUGGGCUGACUACCAGCUGCGGCCCAACUUCACGGUGGCCAUGGUGGCCGCACCCGACAUGUUUGACCCUCACCAUGCGUGGUCGGCGCUCGGCGAGGUCGAAAAGAUCCUGCUUGGCCCCCUGGGCAUGAAGACCCUCGACCCCAGCGACUGGGCUUACUGCGGCGACUACAACAACUGCGACGAUGGAAACGACUCAAAGACGGCGCAAGGUUUCAACUACCACCAAGGACCUGAAUGGGUGUGGCCCGUGGGCUUCUUCCUGCGCGCCCGUCUCCACUUCGCCCGCAUCGUGGGCGGCGAGGCUGAGUUGCGUCGCACAAUGUCGGCCACCAAGGCUUACCUUUCCCGCCACUUCACCGAACUCACCACGUCGCCCUGGCGAGGAUUACCUGAGUUGACCAACAAGGACGGCAGAUACUGCUCGGACAGUUGUCGUAUCCAGGCUUGGAGCAUGGCAACUAUCCUCGAGACGCUGCACCAGAUGUCUCAACUGGAGGAAGAGCUCGGAUACAACCACAACUGACUUGCGCCUCACCCCUCUCUCGACCCUCGUCACGUAGUGUUUAGCGACCUGUAUCUCUCUUGGAACCGUCCCCUGCCAACAAUGAACCCGCUGAUCCUCAACCCUGUCGCCCUGACGCCUCAGAUGUCGCCGUGCCUCCGCCGCACGGGCUCCAUCCGAGGCUACAAGAGGAGCAGCCCACCCACCCCCAGAGAGAGGGGUGACCACCGUAGGGCCCCUCAUUACGAAGACGUAGAGGCCGCCGAGGUCCCCCUGGUGCGCGGCAGGCCCACCGCCAACAGGAGGAAGAUCAAGAAGAACCCCGAGUACAACAGGCUCGAGCAGAAGCAGAUCGCGCGCAUUAUGGUCUCCUACACCCUCGGCUUUUUUAUCCUCGCCAUCUUCGCCUUCUACGUCUUUUACUUUAUCUAUUAAAAGCAAACUUUUGACUCCAGGGGGUUUGAAUACAGUUGCCAAAAUUCAUUUUUAGCCCUGAAACAUUUACAAACUUUUUUAUUUUGAAAUUCCAAAAUUUUUGUUUCGACACUGUAGUCGUCUCGUCGCGCGGCAGUUGGAAAAUGAAACGCCGCGCUGCUAAGAGACUAGUCACACGGGGAAAACAUGUAACUGAAAAUGUGUUAAAAAAAAUAUUUGUAGGUUAUUUUCAUAUUAGAAGUUAAACCGUUCGGAAUUGUCUUAAAAAAUUAUUUUAGCUAUAUGUAUUAUUUAGCACACCCCCACCCACCUGUCAUCUAAUGAGACUCUAAAUAGUUUCACAUUAGCAUAGACUCUCUUGCUCUUCUCCCGAGUCUUUCUUAACUCUCUGUAUCUGUCCUGAAGACACUGGCAUUUUUGCGCCUCGCUUGACGCACUGGGGUAGGUGGGAGCGCGAGCGUGCCCUCCCUCCUGCCGUCUUGUUAGGAAUCUGUUCGAUUGUGCCAUGGUUUUUGUUGUGUAACCAAAGCAAUAUGUGCCGUUCUCAGCUGAGAUCAACUGUUGUCAAAAGGAGCUCAGUUUGUUAGAAAAAUAAAAAGAAAACUCACUCGUAAGAGGUUGUUGCUGAAUCAAAAGUCUAUGAUUUUGUUAAGAGCCAAAGGUUUCUCACGGAAUGUUUGGCACUACCAUCAAAAUUCUAUCCCGAUUUAUGUGUUUCUCUGGUUUGUCGCGCAACUUGCAAUGAUGCUGGACAAAAUUUGCAUCAUUUUUAUUACUGUUUGAAAGAGCUUGGCUUGUUGUUUUUAUUUGGCCAAUAUAUUAUGGAUAAUAUACUAUCUCACGAUUAAACUUGUUAGAAAAAGCCCUCGGCGCUCAGGCUGUAGCUGUGGUUUGUUAAUUAGUUGUCUGUUAAUUUGUUGAUUAAUUGGUUGUUAAUAAUGGAAGGAACAAAUAUAAUUUACAAACAUAAUUCUCUUGCUAAUAUUUGAAAAGAAAACUUUCCCGAGAAGGCAAUGGAAGUGUAUAUGGUUUUGUGAUGUAUGAACGUACAAAUAAAAAUUCGAAAAAAUAA